GGGAAACGGUUUGCUCACAGAUCAAUCCUUGAGAAUCAUUUGAAAACCCACACUGGGGAGAAACCCUUUAAAUGCCUGGAGUGCGGGAAGAGCUUCACUCAGAGUGGAAAGCUUACCAGGCACCAAGUGAUCCACACUGGGGAGAAGCCAUUUAAAUGCCUGCGCUGUGGAAAGAGCUUCCUGAGAAGGGACACGCUCAAUUCGCAUCAAAGGACACACAGUGGGGAGAAACCCUUUACGUGCCUGGAGUGCGGAAAGAGUUUCACUGAGAAUGGGAAGCUUACCGUACACCGGAGGACUCACACAGGGGAAAGGCCCUAUCAAUGCCUGCAGUGCAGAAAGAGCUUCAUCGAUAGCGGGACGCUUACCAAACAUCAAAGGAUUCACACGGGGGAGAAGCCUUUUACAUGCCUGGAGUGUGGAAAGACAUUCAGCCAAAGGGAAGGCUUUACCACCCAUCAGACUAUCCACACUGGGGAAAAACCAUUUAAAUGCUUGGAGUGUGGGAAGAGCUUCCGUUUGAAUGGAAGCCUUACUUCUCAUCAAAGAAUUCACACCGGAGAGAGGCCCUUUAAAUGCCUGCAGUGUGGAAAGAGCUUUACUCAGAGUGGAACUCUUACUAUCCAUCAAAGAAUCCACACUGGAGAUACCCCUUUUGAGUGCCAGGAGUGUGGACAGACCUUCAAGCACAGAGAGAAGCUGGUUUCGCACCAGAACGUUCAUGUGAAUGCUGCGGAGAAACCAUAUAACACAACAAUGGAUGGGACAAAACCUUUUAAAUGCCUAGAGUGUGAAAAGAGCUUCCAGCAAUGGAAUCAGUUCUACUCCCAUCAGAGGAUUCACACUGGGGAGAAACCGUAUGUGUGUCGGGAGUGUGGAAAGGGUUUCCGGAAGAAUGAGUUCCUGACCGUACAUCAAAAAAUUCACACAGGGGAGAAACCUUUCAAAUGUCUUGAGUGUGGGAAAGAUUUCCGGCAGAAGUCUCACUACAACUCCCACCAAAGGACUCACACUGGGGAAAAACCAUUUACCUGUCCAGAGUGUGGGAAGAGCUUCCUGGAAGAAAAAUCCUUGGUUUCGCACCAACGCAGUCACAAGACAGAGAAACCAUUUAAAUGCCUGGAGUGCGGGAAGAGCUUCAGCGAUAUCGGAGCGCUGAGCAAACAUCACAGAAUUCAUACUGGCGAGAAACCCUUUAAAUGUCCAGAUUGUGGGAGAAGCUUCAGGUGGAGGAAUAAGUUCCUUUCACAUCAGAGGGUUCACACAGGAGAGAAGCCGUUCAAGUGUCCGCAGUGUGGAAAGAACUUCCGGAGGAAGGAUAAACUUAACAUCCAUCAGAGAAUUCACACUGGAGAGAAGCCAUUUAAAUGCCUGGAGUGCGGAAAGGGCUUCAAGCAGAGUGGAACACUUAUAUCCCAUCAAAAAAUUCACGUAACAUAGAAAAUAAUUUAAGUGGAUUUAACUACCACAUUUUAGGAAUCUCAUAAAGUGACACAAUUUACUGGAAUAGAUUAUACAACUCAGAAUGAAGAUAGUAGGAAGAGACAAAGGCUGUAUUACAGGUGGAUUGAUUCGAUCAAGGAAGUCAUGGGCUCGAAUUUAACAGAGAUGAGUAAGACUGUUAUUUAUUUAUGUACAGUAUUUAUAUUCUGCCCUUCUCACCCUGAAGGGGACUCGGGGCAGAUCACAGAACACAUAUCUGGCAAAAAUUCAAUGCCGUUACACACAGACAAGGCAAACAAUUGUACGUAAAUAGAGGUACAAUAGACUCUCGCUUAUCCAACCUUCGCUCACCCAACAUUCUGUAUUAUCCAACACAGUCUGCCUCCCAUCCGGAUCCACAGCUGUUUCAAUACAUUGCGAUGUUUUGGUGCUAAAUUUGUAAAUGCAAUAAUUACUACAUGA